AUGGCUCGAGGGUCCUGGCUCUCUCCUCUGGCCAUUGCUGUGAUCACCCUGGGACUGCAGUGGCCACAGGCAGCUGCCACCUUCCCGGCCAUGCCCCUGUCCAGCCUGUUUGCCAACGCUGUGCUGAGGGCUCAGCACCUUCACCUCCUGGCUGCCGAGACCUACAAGGAGUUUGAACGCAGCUACAUCCCAGAGGAUCAAAGGCACACCAACAAAAACUCCCAGGUAGCCUACUGCUACUCAGAAACCAUCCCUGCUCCCACGGGGAAGGAGGAUGCCCAGCAGAAAUCAGACAUGGAGCUUCUCCAGUUUUCCCUGGUUCUCAUCCAGUCCUGGCUGACCCCAGUACAGUACCUGAGCAAGGUGUUCACAAACAACUUGGUUUUUGGCACCUCAGACAGGGUGUAUGAAAAGCUAAAGGACCUGGAAGAAGGGAUCCAAGCUCUGAUGAGGAGGGACUUUGGACUUUACUUCCCUUUAGAUAACAAGAUCAUGACGCCCCACAAGAUCAUGACAGGUCCCAUCACUGAGGAGCUGGAGGAGCGGAGCCCGCGGGGCCCGCAGGUGCUCAAACCCACCUACGAGAAAUUCGAGCUCCACCUGCGCGGCGAGGAGGCACUGGUCAAGAACUACGGGCUGCUGUCGUGCUUCAAAAAGGACCUGCACAAGGUGGAGACCUAUCUGAAGGUGAUGAGAUGCCGGCGCUACGGAGAGGGGAACUGCGCCCUCUGA